AUGGUCCUGAUACUGCACCACAUAUUCAUUGCUGCCGUUCAAUUUUUCAGACGGGGACAGCAGGUCUUCCUGAAGGCGGAGGAUGCGCCCCCCUGCUCGGACACGCUACAGUGGGCGCCUUCCCGCAGGGUCCCGGAGGCAGCUGCCGGCCCUCCCCGCCGGCAGCGCAACUUCACUCUCGGCUGCAUUGCAGGGCUCUUCUUCUGCAGAAGGAGGCAGCGGAGGCCCGUUCUCGACUCCCCAAAAGUUGCAGGCCCGGGACCAAACUGGGCUCAAGUUCUGCCCGUGCUCGGCGCAAAGGAUGAAAUGCUGCAAGCUUGGGGGGCAGAGGAAGGAAAAUGCAGCCCUCCCCCUCGCAAAUCCUUCUGCCUCCAGACAUGGAGUGUAUAUUCUUAUCCUUCUUCUCCUUCUCCUUCUCCUUCUCCUUCUCCUUCUCCUUCUCCUUCUCCUUCUUCUUCUUCUUCUUCUUCUUCUUCUUCUUCUUCUUCUUCUUCUUCUUCUUCAUCUUCCUCCUCCUCCUCCUCCUCCUCUUCUCCUCCUCUUCUUCUUCUCCUCUCCUCCUCCUCCUCCUCCUCCUCCUCCUCCUCUUCUUCUCCUCCUCCUCUUCUUCUCCUCUCCUCCUCCUCCUCUUCUUCUUCUUCUCCUCUUCCUCCUCCUCUUCUUCUCCUCCUCUCCUCCUCCUCUUCUCCUCCUCCUCCUCUUCUUCUUCUUCUCCUCUCCUCCUCCUCCUCCUCUUCUUCUCCUCUUCCUCCUCUUCUUCUUCUCCUCUCCUCCUCCUCCUCCUCUUCUUCUUCUUCUUCUUCUUCUUCUUCUUCUUCUUCUUCUUCUUCUUCUUCUUCUUCUUCUUCUUCUUCUUCUUCUUCUUCUUCUUCUUCUUCUUCUUCAACUCAUGCCUUGAACCCUGAAGGGGAAAGGGGGGAUAUAAAUCCAAACUCCUCCUCCUCUUCUUCUUCUUCUUCUUCUUCUUCUUCUUCUUCUUCUUCUUCUUCUUCUUCUUCUUCUUCUUCUUCUUCUUCUUCUUCUUCUUCUUCUUCUUCAACACAGGAAUGCCCAUAA